AGACCGGAAGCUGCAAAUUAUGAAGGAAAGAUCAAGCCAGAAGCUACGGUGGAUGAAGGGGAUGGGACUAUCACCUCUGGUCUGAUUGUAGGGAUGUGCACAGAUGUACAGAAAGGCUACUUCCGUCUCACCAGGCCUCCAGAUGCAACAAAGAUAAGACCAAAGCUUGUACUUGUAGAAGCCCUGAAGUUUGUCCAGGUCUCAAGUAAAGACUACAAUUUUAAAACAGAUCAACUGAAAUCAAUUCGUCAAGAUAUGACUAUCCAGAACAUAGAGGAUGAACUUUCUGUGCAGGUUUAUGAGUAUCAUGCAAGACUUGCGUUGUGCAAUCGAGAUAUGGCUGAACUUAACUUGUGCCUCACGAAGCUGCACUGCCUCUAUGGGAAUAAGCGGAAUGGUGGCCAUCAUGGUGAAUUUGCAGCUUAUGAUAUAUUGUUGUCUGCGAUUCAAGACAAAAAUACUGAACUGAUGUCUAAACUUGGAAGGCUGUCAAGCGACCUGAAACAGCAAGAAACUGUGAAGCAUGCCAAAGAAGUGGCUCACAGUAUACAGACAGGGAACUAUGCAUCAUUUUUCAAACUCUACAAGGUGGCUCCAAACCUCAAUGGCUACCUGAUGUGUCUCUGCUUUGAGAAGAUGAGAUUUGAAGGUUUAAAAUGUAUGGCAAAGGCCUACGCAACCAAGAUACCUGUUAAAUACGUAUCCAAAAUCUUAGGUUUUGCUGCAGUAGACGGAAGUGUUGAUUGGCUUAAAAGUCAUGGUGCUGUUUUAUCAUCCUUCGAGAAUGGGGAGAUGGCUUUACUGCCAAAGGACUCUACAGCUCUCGUCUCUAAGCCAGAACUUGCUGCUGAUGGUAUUCGUGCUUUCCAAGCCCGCUGAUCUGAACCGCCGGUUGAACUGAAGAAUCACUGAUCAAAACUCCUCUGCUCGGGAAUGGUGCUUGAUAACGCUGAAACAAUGUAGCUCUUGGUGAACUCAUCACUUGUUGUAUGUCCUCCCUGAUGUUACUACUGAAACUUAUCACGGAUCCUGUUGGUUGGCUCAGUAGCUUAGCUAGAACAGAUUUAUUUAUUUUUUCAGCUCUUGGAUCUGCCAUUGCGGCUUGCAUGUGGUUGAGCAAGAAUAUGGGUCCCCAUGUAGUAACAUCGUUAAUAUGUGAAGUAGUUGUCGUGGUA